CCCCACAGCACCCUCAUUUUCCUCACUCCCUCAGAGGCUCACGUCCUCGCCCGCCGAUCUCCAUACUCAACCCAGACCCUCCCAGAAACCCCAGGCACCCCAACCCCGCGAUACGGCCAAAUCGGCGACGUAUGCGGACGCUUCACCCUCCCUCCCGGGGACCCUCCCUGUGCACCAGGUCUCGCAUGUAUCCUCUACGACGAGCGCGUCCCAGACAUGGGCGGCAUCUGCGGAAUCCCAUCAUCUUCUUCAACCCCAACAAUCUCAACGCUGCCAACCACCGCAACACCGACACCGACACCGACCUACGGCCAGCCAGGCGACGCCUGCGGACGCUUCAAGAUUCCCCUUGAUCCUCCCUGCGCCCCAGGCCUGGCGUGUAUCCCCUACGACGAGCGCAUCCCAGACUUAGGCGGCGUAUGCGGAACCCCAUCAUCUUCUGCUACCCCAACCCCAUCAACGCCAUCCACUACAACACCCACAUCCACGCCAACGCCAACCUACGGUCAAUCAGGCGACCCUUGCAACCGCUACCGAAUCCCUCUCGACCCUCCCUGCGCCCCAGGCCUCACAUGUAUCCUCCACGACGAGCGCAUCCCAGACUUGGGCGGCGUUUGCGGAAUCCCCUCUUCUCCUCCUACACCAACAACUUCAACACCGACACCAACCCCAACCUACGGCCACCCCGGCUCCCCCUGCAACCGCUUCAUCCUCCCCCUCGACCCCCCCUGCGCCCCAGGCCUCACAUGCAUCCUGCGCGACCCCCGUCUCCCCGAUGCGGGCGGCGUGUGCGGUAUCCCACUUUCCACGACACCGACACCGACACCGACAAGAACAACUACAUCACCACCAGCGUGCACGCCUCCACCGAUUCUAGGCAAAGAAGGAGAUUUCUGCGACCAAGCUAUCCUCCCAUCGCGACCGCCUUGCGGACCGGGUCUGAUUUGCGUGCACGAGGCGCGUGGGAGACCGGGGGCUGCGGGGAGGUGUAGGAGGGUUGUUGUUGAUGGUUCGCCUUCUGCUGCUGCUUUGUGCACGACUGUUAUAACGACGGCUACGACGGUAGUUACGACUGUGAUUACUGCGACAGUAAUCAAACCAUGACUAUAAAAUCUAUUAACUCCCCUGGUGCUAGCGAGUUGGUUAGUCAUUCCUGCUUGUAGCGUGAGCGGCUCGGUAUUAGAAAGAAGUCGGAGUGGGACGUUUUUCUGUCGACUUGGUUGCUCGUAGGAGGGACGAAAGUAUGAACGAGUGGUGCUUUGAGGGUAGUAUGCAAUAGUGCCGUUUCUGUAAUACAGGAUAAGAGGGCGUUGGAAAGGAGCUUGUUGCGCAUUGAGAAAUGAAUUUGCUCAGGAUACAAUAGUUUACGCCACGGUGGAAUAAUCUGGGUUACGCUUCAGGGUGAGGGUAGUGUGCUAUCACAAGUCGGAAUAAUGGGUAUUGCUCUAAGUCACGUAAUUG